UGCCAGGCAAGGUUUUUAACAGAUAUAAUUUGUGUGACAGGCUUUUGUUUUUUAAAUCUCAUUCAACGAUGGAGUUUGUAUUGAAUGAGAGAGUGAAGACGGUCAGACUGAAGACUAUGAAAUGCGGAACAGCAAGGAAAACACAUGAUAAAGUCGAUUCCAUCAGUUCGCUGCUCAAAGCGGAGGCAAUGAAGUCAGGGACGAACCAGAUAACGGCGAAUAGAUUAUCGAUUAAAUUUGACAACAGAGUGAGCAAGAAGGACAGCGAGCUUGUUGUUGACUGUAUGGCUGCCAAAGGAAAAAAAGCGAGGCAACAAUUUCAAAAUUUACUCGCCGAAAUGCUCUGUACCGAACCGAACAACUUCUGGGCGCAUUUCAUAAACGCUGCUACCUGCCACCGCAUACCCGAGAAGAAGGGCAUAGUCGUCCAAGCGCUUGCUUGCUGCAUCGCACUCAACCCAAACUUCAAAACCGCCUGGUCGAGCCUGUUCGAAAUCUACAAAAAACAAGGCGGGUUAUUCAAAAAGGACACAUUCUGUGAAAUGUUCCUGAUCACUAAGGGUGUGCUUCUCAUCGAGGAAGACUACGUAAAAUGGACUAUAUACGCAACCGAGCUUUCAAAAUACCUCAUCUGGACUGAAAAUUUAAAACAGCAGACAAUAGUUUUUGACGUUUUCAAAUUAUUUCUCGAUGAUAAAUGCACAGAAAAGAUAAAUUUUGCCUCUAAGGUGAUUUUCUCUUUUACAUAUGAAAAAAGAUUUUUAAAAGAUCGUUCUAAAGAGAUUUUAAAAGCUUGUAAACAUCUGGCCUUGUUCUGCAAAGACGGGUUGACUUUUUUUCACAUGGUUUCGAAAAUCUUUUUGAAGAACGAUGCUGCUGCUUACCUGUGCGACUUUAUUGUAUAUAUUUGUGAGAAUGGCCUGUUGAAGCUUCCUUUCGACAUCGCGCACGACUUCCCCGACCUGGUCGACCUGCUGUUUGAAAAGGUCGGGUGUUACUGCUUCGAAGCCGUGUCGAAACUGCUCAACUGCAAGGUGAAACAACGCUUCCUCCAGCCGUUCACGGCUCACACCCAGCCGUCCAACUAUCUGAACCACCUGGCUUGCGGCAAAUACAACAAACUUUCAAAAUACCUUGGCAAGCAGAACCUAAACGCGUCCGACAUCAGGAGGAUCAUGUAUCACAUAGCGAUCAGCAGGCAGGGCUAUUUUGAACGCCUUUUCAAAACCGUCCUACAUGAUUUGUUCAACAUGGAAAAAUCCGAGGUGAGGAUGUUCAACUGGUACAUAAGAAAACUAAUAAUACUCAUGUGUAAAGUCAACGACGACAUUAUACAAAAACUAGGCGUUUCGUGCGCCUACAGAUACAUGGAGAAAUACGGCUACAACAGCGAAUUGCUUUAUGCCGUUGCUUUAGCCAAUAUUUCCAUAUUCAACGAUGCUGGAAACAGUGUUUUAAAAUCCCUCUUAAAAACUGGCUGUGUCGAGCUAGUGAUUUAUUUAAAAACCAUGUUCGAAAACGAUUACGAACAGAGAGCAGAUAAUUUAAAAUCAAUCCCUAUAUCUUUAAAUUAUUACAUUUUAAAUAUUAAUUUAGCGAUAAAUCAGAAGAAGAGGAAUAAAAUCAAGCAGAAUAUGAUAAUGGCUUCUAUGAGGAUUAAUUACCAGUCGAUGCCGUUCGAAUGGCUCGGACUGCAUUAUCUCGACGAGCCUUAUAACCCGCAAAGGGCUUUGAAUUAUUUGGAAAGCGCCAUUGAGAUCAACCCAUACUCGGCGGUCGCUGUGAUCAACUUAGCCGACCUUAUAAGGAAAGAGCUGGGCGAACAGGUCGGCAAGCUGUUCCUGAACUACAUCAAGAACACCGAGAUGGCAUCUUCUUGGGCAUUGGUCCCAAUAUGCUACAAAGCCGGCUACCUGUACUUAUACAGGCCACAGUGCCAUGCUGAUUUUUUCUUGGCGGUCGAGCUCUUGAGGACGUGCUGUUUUAGACAGUUCAGAAACAAGGAUUACAAGCAGAUGGUCGCCGAGGCCUACCGGGAAUACGGGAUGCACAUAUCGAGCCUUGCAUUUUUCAAAGAGUGCAUCAAAGGUAAACAAGGCGUCGAUAUCUUUUCGCUUACGAUGGGCGCCACUGAACUCGGCCACGCUAAAAAAUACCACAGAUUCAUCGACGUAUCGCGUCUUGCUUAUUUUCUCGACACAAAAAACAUCUUGACGAUGUACACGUAUGUAAGCGCAAUCAUCGAAAAAUCAUACAGCCUCUUUUGUGCGAACGACAUAGUUUACGGGCUGUUUCUAUCGCAGAUGGGUAUAUUGAUCGCAUCAAGGGCUAUAAGUUUGAAAACGGAUUGCGUUAUUAUAUGGAAAGCCCUCGGUGAUCUUUUCUACCUUUGUGGCACCGCUUCUGAAAACAUGGCCCAGGUAUACGCCCCUUCAUGGCUCUACAGGCGUAAAGACAUCAAGAAAAAGAUGUCCUGCCUGAAUAAAUACGAAUGCUUGAUUGCAUCAUUACGCUGUUACCAUAUAGGCUUGAAACAUUCGGACGAUUCUCUCUCUUCGGAAUUCUGGUACAGCAUCGGUUUUGUCAGCUAUCACCUGGGACACCUCAUGCCGGAGGAAAAGUUCAAAUUAUUAAAUUACACUCGAAAAUCAGCAGAACUGGCUAUAAGCACAUCUCUAACCUGGGAAAGCCUCAAUAUGCUCGGCGUCGUCCUUUACAAUGGCAAUCUCAAAGAGGAAAGCGUCAAAUGUUUGGAAUCGGCAUUUAAAUUUGGUUAUAAGUCUUUUGCCAAAGAGCUAGAGAUGAACCUAGGGUUCGUUUAUCUAUCGAAAGGCGACCUUCUUAAAUCUUUCACCUCGUUUUUAUACAGGAGGGGCUUCGACACACACGACAGCGAGAUCUGGCCUUGUUUCGCCAUGUUGAAAGCAGCCGCUGGAAAACCAACGGAAGGCCUGAAUCACUUGAUCUACCACCUUUACAACAUCCACAGCGUACCUUCUAUAUCCGAGUGGUACUUCUUUAUGAAAAUCAUUAACAACACGUGCCCAAAUUUGAAAAACAUACUCAACUACAGAAACAUAUACAUGAGCAAGUACGAGAGCAACUUCUACGCGCUUAUUUUUGAAAGGUCGAGGAUACCACACAGAGUGAAAGACCUGACUGCACUCAACUACUUCAUGAUGGGUAUGAAUCAGUCGCAAUAUGCCAAAGACGACGGUAGAUACGCGCUCGAGAAUUUUUACAACUGCAUCAAAAUUCUUGCUUACGAUUACACCCCGUGUGAAAGGUACUCGAGACUUCUUGAAGACACUUUAGAAGAAAUAGGAGAAAUACAAAACAAACAUAGACUCGGUAGAUAUUUCCGUUAUAGGAAACAGGGCGAUGAGAAUAAAGCGUACGAGGAAAUACUCCAAGGUUUGAAGUGCGACGCAGAAAGGGACGAUUUGUUUGCAAUUCUGUUGUCGUACGAUGUGCCAGUACCGGAUGGCCUAAGGCAAGAUUUCAAGACGUUCCUGCUCAAACAGAUCAAAGGUGCUUUGACAUUGAGAGAGAAACAGGCCCACUGGUUUUGGAGCGACGAAGCCUCUGUAGGUUAUUCAUACCUCAGCCAUAAAGAACACUUGCACGACUUCUUGAAAAACGCUCACAAACAGACUUUCGCCAACUACAAGAAAUAUUUCACGUUUAAAAACACAUGUUCAAUUCCAAUGUAGACCAAACUCAAAUUAUACCAUAUUUUAUUAUAUUUAA